AUGCGGUGCGCGAACAAGGCCGCUGAGAGCCCGUCUGUACGUCUCUAUGCAGACGCCGAAGCAUUAACCGCUGCAACCGAUGUGUCAUCGGUUGCUAGAGCGUCUCAGCCUGUAUCACCUGGUAAUGCAGGCGCUAGUCAUGAAGACACUCAUGUCUUCACAGAGUAUGAGCUCGGUGUCUCAUACUCUCCUGAUACGGAAGAGGGAUCUGUAUCGAAGGCGGUUGGAACCAAGCCGCCUGCCAAGCGUGGCAUGGAUGAUGCUACGCGUCGUAGAAUCUUUGGUUCUUCUGACGAAUCAGAUGAACCAUAG